UGAUUUACUAGUUAAAUGCUGUUUUUAGAAGACCUUGGCUAUUCCUCACCUAUCUUUGAUGCCUGCGGAAAUGUCCUGACUUCCUUUGCAGCCCUGUUGCACUGGAGCCACAUAACGCACCUCUUUGAAAAUGAUCGCCAUUUUUCUCACCUCUCAACACUGGAACGGGAGAUGGCUUUCCGCACGGAAAUGGGGCUGUAUUAUUCUUAUUUCAAGACUAUAGUGGAAGCACCCUCAUUUUUCAGUGGAGUGUGGAUGAUUAUGAACGACAAGCUUACUGAAUACCCCCUUGUUAUUAAUACGUUAAAAAGGUUCAAUCUUUAUCCUGAGGUGAUCUUAGCCAGCUGGUACCGGAUUUAUACCAAAAUAAUGGAUUUGAUUGGUAUUCAAACCAAGAUAUGCUGGACAGUUACCCGAGGAGAAGGACUCAGUCCAAUUGAAAGCUGCGAGGGAUUGGGAGAUCCUGCUUGCUUUUAUGUUGCUGUAAUUUUUAUGUUAAAUGGACUAAUGAUGGCAUUAUUCUUCAUCUAUGGCACAUAUUUAAGUGGCAGCCGAUUAGGAGGCCUGGUCACAGUGCUGUGCUUCUUCUUCAAUCAUGGAGAGUGUACCCGAGUGAUGUGGACGCCUCCUCUCCGGGAAAGCUUCUCAUAUCCAUUCCUUGUACUUCAGAUGUUGCUUGUGACUCACAUCCUGAGGGCUACAAAACUUUACAGAGGGAGCUUGAUUGCACUCUGCAUUUCCAAUGUAUUCUUCAUGCUUCCUUGGCAGUUUGCCCAGUUCGUGCUUCUUACUCAGAUUUCAUCAUUAUUUGCAGUAUAUGUUGUGGGAUACAUUGAUAUAUGUAAAUUACGGAAGAUCAUUUAUAUACACAUGAUUUCUCUUGUGCUCUGUUUUGUGUUGAUGUUUGGGAACUCGAUGUUACUCACAUCUUACUAUGCAUCCUCUUUAGUAAUUAUUUGGGGGUUGCUGGCAGUGAAACCACAGUUGCUAAAAAUGAAUGUAUCUGAACCUAGUUUAUGGGUUAUCCAAGGGUGUUGUUGGUUAUGUGGAACUGUUACACUCAAGUAUUUGACUUCCAGAAUCUUUGGCAUUGCAGAUGAUGCUCAUAUUGGGAACUUACUAACAUCAAAAUUCUUUAGUUACAAGGAUUUUGAUACCUUACUGUAUACUUGUGCAGCAGAGUUUGACUUCAUGGAAAGGGAGACUCCGCUGAGAUACACGAAGACACUGCUGCUUCCUGUUGUUCUCAUCGUGUUUGCUGCGAUCGUCAGGAAGAUUAUUAGUGAUAUUUGGGGUGUCAUAGCUAAACAACAGACACAUCUAAGAAAACACCAAUUUGAUCACGGAGAGUUGGUUUACCACGCUCUGCAACUGUUGGCAUACACAGCCCUCGGGGUUCUGAUCAUGAGACUGAAGCUCUUCCUGACUCCACACAUGUGUGUCAUGGCAUCCUUGAUCUGCUCCAGACAGCUCUUUGGGUGGCUCUUUGGCAAAGUUCACCCUGGUACUGUUGUGUUCGCUGUGUUAGCAGCAAUGUCGAUUCAAGGUUCAGCAAACCUACAAACCCAGUGGAACAUUGUAGGGGAGUUCAGCAAUUUACCUCAAGAAGAGCUCAUAGAAUGGAUCAGAUACAGCACAAAGCCAGAUGCAGUGUUUGCAGGCGCCAUGCCCACCAUGGCAAGUGUGAAACUCUCUGCUCUCCGGCCUGUGGUGAACCACCCACAUUAUGAAGAUGCAGGUCUGAGAGCCAGAACAAAAAUUGUGUAUUCGAUGUAUAGCCGAAAAGCAGCUGAGGAUGUGAAGAAGGAAUUGAUGAAAUUAAAAGUGAAUUACUACAUUCUAGAAGAGUCAUGGUGUACAAGAAGAUCCAAGCCUGGGUGCAGCAUGCCUGAAAUCUGGGAUGUGGAGGAUCCAGCCAAUGCUGGGAAGACACCCCUGUGUAACAUCCUGGGGAAGGAUUCCAAGCCUCACUUCACCACAGUGUUCCAGAACAGCGUUUACAAAGUCCUAGAAGUUAUCAAAGAAUGACUGCGACAUGCGCCGGCUACAGAGAUCGCAUCAGCUGAUUAACCUCAGUGUGGAUUGUCCUUGAGACCUGAGUCCUCAGGGAUGGUUUCCGGUGCCCACUCCUGGCAGCCGCAGAAGAGCUGUUCUCUUCCUGCCUUCUUACCAGAGGCCAAGGACAAGAUUGUCUGGGGGAAGCACUAGCUUGCUCCUGUUGGUCACCUGCAAAGACAACACGUGAGACUGAGGAGUGUGGCCUCAGUGUCCCCAGAGCCACCUCGCCUCCCAGGUUGUCCCGCCCUGGAGCUGCCCAGGGACUGUCAUUCCUAGUGUUGCACACUGUGACUCUGCUUCCUCAUGUGGCGCUCAGUUUUUUAUUUCAUAAGCUUUUACCAACUCAGAAAAUAGGGAGGCAGCUGGAGAUAGGUGGGUUAGGAGUGUUUCCUUGAUGGUGCAGGAUUGCGAGGAAGUGGAAAGAGGGCUCCUGAGGUUGGGGAGAAAGAGUAGGCGUGGGUGUGAGGGCGGCAUGCACAACCUGCUUGUCUGUACUCUGUCUGCACCCUGAUGUGACUGGUGUGUAUAUACAGCAGUUAGGAUUUUUUUAAAAUCACCUUUUUGAAGUUCUUUUUUAUCCUUACCCUCUAACAAGUCCCUUCAUAAUAAGUUCAUGUGUAAUGAUUGGAAAUUCUGUACAGAGAAACAAAACAUUAAAAUACUAUUAGAACCAGCUCACAUGCUGGGAAACAUUAAAAGCAGUCUAAAUUAGUUUUCUGCAGAAGCCUUUUGUAACAGUAUUUCUUAAUGUAACUCCACCAGCAAGCUCUGCUUGUAUUUUAGGCAAGUCAGCUUGGAACAGAGGCCUUGGGGGUCCACUGCAUAUUUAGCCUCCAGCACUUCCAGUAGCAGCCGGUGCUCUGCGACUUAAGCACUUUUAUGGCGACAUGGAACAGUAAUAGAUUCUGUGUAGCUGACAAUGCAGCAUUAAAGCUCAGUAUUUUGCAUAUUUUUAGCAUUUACAAAUAUUUUUGCUUUAGUGUGAGGAAAGUAAGGAAAGACAGGAGGCAAUUGAAAUAGUUAUUAUUGUGACAUUUUUUAAAAAGCUGGGUAAUACUUCCAUAAAAAGAUAAGCCUCUAAAAUGCCUGACAGAAAAUGUGUGCUGUUAAAGUAGGCCAAUAGCAUUAAGGAGAAAAUCAAAGGAUGUGUCCAAAAUGAAGUGAUGACUGCAUAGGAGUAUUGUAUUUUUAUGAAUUUUAUGCCCCUUGUUUACAUGUAUUAUAUAUGUUAAAUAAAAAAUACAUGAAAAAUGUGCAAAA